AACUUGACACUUUCCAUGUUUGCGAACCGUCGUCGUCUGCCGGUUCGUGUUCGUGUGUUAGUCAACAGUUAUAGUGUACGAACUUGCCGCGGGAAUUGACAGCAGCACUAUCACCUGAUAACGUGUCUACCUGAGAAAUCAGCGAGAAGAAUUCUUAAAGUUGCGCUUUUACUGGACAUGGAGCGGAGAGUGGUGUUGUUAUUGGCCGUCUACACACUAGGAGUGAACGGAGGCGUAGACCACGCAGAGCUGAGGGGAGAACAUCCCAAACAGGAACAUAUUGACAAUGGGCAGUGCACCCCAGUCCCCUGUGACUUUGGAGUACCGCCCCCAGAAUGUAAAAAGUUGUGUGACUCGCACAGCUACCAGACAAUAUGUCAGAAACCAGCAGACUUCUGUCUGUGUCGUCACAUGGUGAAUGGAAAGUGGAGACUGGUCAGUCCUGAUGAGCUUGACGAAGAAGUUUUAUCUGAGGAGAUCAUGAGACCUUCAGAAAAAGAUAAAGUUGUGGAUCAACCUCCAGAAAAGGUGGAAUCCAUCGAUUAUCCUUCAGAAAAGGUGGAAUCCAUCGAUCAUCCUUCAGAAAAGGCUGAAUCCAUCGAUCAUCCUUCAGAAAAGGCUGAAUCCAUCGAUCAUCCUUCAGAAGAGGCUAAAGUUCUUUAUGAACCUCUACAACCCUCAGAAACUGAAGAACAGCCCUCAACUAAACCCGACGACGGAGUUGUGUCAUUCCAAAUAUUUGCUGUGUUUCUUCCCAUUAAACAGAUGUUUUACGAUUCAUACAACGAAGCGGAUUCCACUCCUGAGCCUGGAGAUUUCCAUGCUCUCGGAUACGAACCUGUCAACGUCCACGAGGGAAGACUGUUCUGGGACUUCCGCUACAUCCUGACAGGACUGAUGCUCCUGAUGAUAAGUUUGGUGGUGUACGAGCUAUUUAUGUGUGCUAAGCAGGUUUACGGUCCUCGCCCUGAUCUUGGACAAUAUGAAGAACCUGAGGUGAAAGUAAAGAUUCCAAUAACUGAAAAGGAAAAAAUUCUGAAUGUUUAAUUCGUUUUAUUGCUGGUGAUUUUGAAACAGAACUUCUUUUGUGUACCAUAAACCAAGAAAGAUGUUACAAUUUCAGUUUUAAAAUAAAAUGUAUUUCACUCUGCUGGCA